AUGAUUUAACAAACUACUUUGAAGUUAAAAUGCUUAGAAGAUGAUCAUAAGGAAUAGAUUGAUUUUGUUUGUUAUCAUUAAUAUUGCACAGGCUUUCGAUUAAAUUGUUUUGAAUGUUUUAAAAAGGGAAUUCAUCAAAAUCAUUUGGAUGAUGUAGAAAAAAUGAACACGUUGUUUUAUUUUAUUGAAAGUAAAAAUUAGGAGUGUGAUAAUUUGAUUAAUAAUCUUAAUAGAUGUGUAGAAACUAUGAAUUAAUCCUUUUCAUUUUUAAAAAGAGGAAUCAAAAAUAAAUAUUCAUUAUCUAAAGAAAGAGUAGUUUAAUUGGAUUCUUGCUAAAUCAAUGGUUAUUUGAACUAAAUCACCUAAUUGUCUGAAUAUAAAUAAUCUAUUUCAACAAUUAUUUAAGAAUAGAUUAAGAAAUUAACUCAUUAAUUUGAUAAUUUAUAUGAAUAAUUAAAAUUAUCAUCAUAAAAUUAUUAUUAAAUUGAUAAUGAAGAAAUUAAAAUAUCUGAAGAGUUCCAAAAGAAAGGUACAAAUAAUUAUUAGAUUAGGCUUUAAAUUAUUUGUAGAUUAAAAGUAUUAUGAGGCUUUAGAAUAAUUAGAUAAAUCAAUAUUAAUAAAUCCUAAGAAUUAGUAAUCUUUAUAUAAAAAGGGUGAAGAUUAUUUAAAUUAAUAGGCUAAUGUUUAAUGUUUUUAAAUAAAUGCGUAGAUGCAAUCACUUGGCUAGACAAAGCUUUGAUUGUUAAUCCUAAAAGUGUUACUUCCUUAUGUAUUAAAGGUUGAAUUAUUAUAUUAUUAUAUUAAUAGGCUAAUGUUUACGAUUGUUAAAUCAAUACGAAGAUGCAAUCACUUAAUUAGACAAAGCUUUAAUUAUUGAUCCUAAACAUGUGGCUUCCUUAGGUGAAAAAGGUUGAAAUGCUGAUUAUUAUAUUAAUAGGGUCAUGUUUAAAGUUAUUAAAUAAAUAUGCAGAUGCAAUCCCUUGGUUGGACAAAGCUUUAACUAUAGAUCCUAAAUAUAUUGUUUCUUUAAGCGAAAAAGGUUGAAUUCAUUAUCAUUAAUAUAUUAAUAGGAUAAUGUUUAAUGCUUCUAAAUAAAUAUGAAAAUGCAAUUGUAUGGUUGGACAAAGCUUUGACUAUUGAUCCUAAACAUAUUGGUUCCUUAUGCAUUAAAGGUAGUUUAUCAAGAACAAAUUAAUAGGGCAAUGUUUAAGGUUAAUGAAGAAAUAUGAUGAAUCUAUUUAAUUUCUGAAUUAGGGUUUAUGUAUAAAUGGGAAUCACAAAUUUAGUCUUGAUUGUAUGGGUAUAUUUAUUCAACUAUGUUAAGGAAACUGUUUAUAUGAUUAGCAUAAAUAUUAAGAAGCAUUGAUAUAUUAUGAACGUUCAUUAAAGAUUUAACCAAAUGAUUAAUAGAUAUUAAACUAAAAAGGUAUUCUUAUUUUCUAGAUUUAGAUUUAUGUUUAAUCAAAUUGUAAUAAUCAUGA